AUGGAUAAUAUGCCGAAUAGAUGGGCUAAAGGAAUAUUAAGUGAUGCUGAAAGCCUUACAGAAGAGAAAGUGGAUGAGGUACUGAAUGAGUUUCUAAAAGACUUUAAAGAGGGUUCCUUACAAGCCAAAAGUUGGCCUUCUUUUGCAUCAGCAUAUACAGUCUCAAAAGCAGUCAUGAACGCUUACACGAGGAUUCUAGCGAAGAAGUACCCUACUUUCUGCAUCAAUUGUGUCUGUCCUGGCUACGUCAAAACAGAUAUAAACUUCAAUACUGGUAGAUUUUCUGUAGAAGAGGGCGCUGAAAGUCCAGUGAGGCUGGCUCUGCUGCCUGAUGGAGGGCCUUCUGGCAUGUUCUUUUUUCGGAACGAAGAUGAUCCUAGCACGAAUGCUGGCCGAGGCUCAAAUUUGACUGAAGAUGGGCAUGUGGAAUGUGAUGCCAGUGUCAUGGAUGGCGAUUCUGGAGCAUUUGGAGCUGUUGGUGCGGUGCGAGCUAAUGAUUAUCAGGUGUGCGAAAUGCUGUCCAAAUUGCUGCUUUUUUGGCCAAGGAACAGAUGUUGGGUUCAUCAUUGCUGGGUCGAAUACCGCCCAUGGCAUGAAUUGGAUGUGCUUGGUCCUCAUCUUACCAGACUUUAUGUUCAAAUCACAUUAGCUGAACUUCUCAUUGCCUUCAUCUGCCUCAUUCACAUUCCUCUUACCUCUGAUAUUUUGUUCUCUGAUGAUGCAAUUGUUUCGUUGCCCAGCUUCUUAGCCGGUGAAGGUGCUCGCAUGUGGGCAAGGUCCAAAGGCAUUCUUUUGCCAGGGACCAUAAGUGAGGCUGAUGAGUGGUUGGUGACAGAAAGGGCAAAAACCCAAUGGAAGAAGUACAAGAGAAUGCUUGACAAUGCCAAAGCUAUUACAAACAUGUGUGAGGUGGAACUUCCUUCUACUCCUGAAGAGACUGCUGCAGUAUCAGAUGGUCAAAACUGUGACCAUUCAAAAGGUAAUAUGGUUGGUCGAUGUGCUACACUGAGUGCACUGGAAGAGGAUUGCGUUAUGGACACUGUUGGAGUUGUUUGUGUUGACACUGAAGGACGCAUAGCAUCUGGAUCCUCAAGUGGUGGUAUUGCCCUGAAGGUUAGUGGCCGUGUGGGAUUAGCAGCAAUGUACGGCUCUGGUUGUUGGGCGUCUUCAAAGGACCCCUUUGGGGCUCCUUUUAUUGUUGGUUGUUGUGUUAGUGGUGCUGGAGAGUACCUAAUGAAGGGAUUAGCUGCACGAGAGUGCUGUAUGUCGUCAGCAUUGUCUCAGGCUGGUCCAGCCUCGGCCUGCAUGGAUGUUUUAGGCUCGGUUAUGCCACAAAAUGGUCAACAUGGUACUGAUAAAACUGCUGGAAUUCUGCUAGUGCAAGCCGAGGCUCCUGUACUGGUUUCUGGGAGUUCAGCAAAGCUGAAAGCUGUUGAGAUUGCAGCUGCCUACACUUCAUUGUCUUUCGGAAUAGGUUACUUUGGGAGCUCUAUGGUGCGGCCCAAGGUUUCAAUUCUUAGGCGUACAAAACAGCAAAACAAAUCUGCUAUCAACCAGUUUGCCGCUCGAAUUGAUCUUACAAUCAAGAAAUUGUAGCGAGAGUUUGACGGGAUAAGUGAGACACAAACGAGUUGAUGGCAUGGCAGCAGAACGAGAAGGACACCUAUUGCUGUGUUCAGGGAGGGUCAUUACCGGUUUGAAAAUUGGCUGCAUCACCCCUCAGUUGUUUAUGAGAAUAUAUAGACCUCUAUAAUUUAUAAAUGUUCCAGUAUGUUCGUUUCUAUCCUUUGGGAAACGAGUUUACACUAGAGAGAAAACAAGAACAUCAAGUAGACCAUUCUUUGUGAACAAUAUUGACAUGAUUCAAGGGUCUGGAAGGAAACCCAGGGGCUAAAAUUGCAGCCAAUCUUUCGAACAAUCUUACAAUUGAAUAUGCA